AUUUGGAAAUAGGUCAUUUCUUAAAAUGUCAACCAUCAAAACAAUCAGUUAUGUUAUUUAAGAAAAUGCGUUGCAAGUUUUGCUGACAUCACGGAGCACAUAUACAGCAGCGUCUCAAGAGGUUGGACCGGACUAAUGAACCUAGCAAGCCAAGCAGGGGACGAUCAGUCCGAUCUUCUCUUUGUUAAUUUUAACCAGGACUGCACAUCACUUGCAGUUGGCAAGAAAUCCGGAUAUAAACUUUUUUCACUUAGUUCUGUGGAAAAGUUGGACCAAAUUUAUGAAAAUGCCUGUGAAGACAUCUGUAUAGUGGAACGUCUGUUUUCAAGUAGUCUUGUUGCCAUUGUUAGUCUUUCAUCGCCCAGGAAACUUAAAGUAUGCCAUUUCAAGAAAGGUACAGAAAUAUGCAACUACAGCUAUUCGAACUCCAUAUUAGCUGUGAAGCUAAACCGACAGAGACUUAUAGUGUGUCUAGAAGAGAGCCUGUACAUCCACAAUAUCCGAGAUAUGAAGGUCUUGCACACAAUCAGAGACACUCCCCCCAAUCCCCAUGGUCUAUGUGCCCUUUCCAUUAACAAUGACAACAGCUACCUUGCCUACCCAGGCAGUAACCAGAUCGGAGAAGUUCAAAUAUUUGACACCAUUAACCUACGUGCUGUGACUAUGAUACCAGCCCAUGAUAAUCCUCUUGCUGCCAUUGCCUUUAAUGCUCAAGGAACCAAAAUAGCCACUGCUUCAGAGAAGGGCACUGUGAUAAGAGUGUUUUCUGUGCCUGAUGGUCAGAAACUGUUUGAAUUUCGAAGAGGAAUGAAAAGAUGUGUGCAUAUAUAUGCCCUUGCAUUUAGUUCCGAUUCAACAUACUUGUGUGCAUCCAGCAAUACAGAAACCGUUCAUAUAUUUAAACUUGAGACUCAGAAAGAGACUAGUGGCAGGGCCCAGGAGGAGCAGUCCAGCUGGUCAGGAUUCAUGGGCCAGGCCCUGAACAUCUCCAAGAACUACCUGCCUGGCGCCGUGUCUGACAUGUUCAACCAGUGGAGAGCAUUCGCUGUGUGUAAGCUGCCCUCUCAGGGCCUCAAGAACGUCUGUGCAAUAGCUAGUAUUCAGAAGAUCCCACGCCUGUUGGUGGCCUCCCAAGAUGGCUACCUUUAUAUUUACAACCUUGACCCUAAUGAAGGGGGAGAGUGCACUCUGUUGAGACAGCACAGUUUGGAUGGCCGUAUAACUGAAGGAGGCAUGGUCUCUGAGCCCCCAGGCAGCGCCGUAGACCGCCCUCUCAUACAGGCCUCCAACCCAAUCAGUUACGCAGGCUCAGUACGACGACCCGAUUCCGGCUCUGACAGCACCCCGCCUCGCGGCCACACAGACCAUUCAUCACUACCGGGCUCAUACUCCCAGCCAUUUCAAGAAUUUGAAGGUGGGGCAACAGGACAUGACGUUGGAAAUGCAGGAGCAGGAUUACAAGCGCUGCGAUUGGAUGAUGAUAAUGAGUUUCCUCCAAUGACUCAUAAAGUGGAAUGACUGCAAUCUUAUGUUGUGAAACAAUCUUAUUCAGCAAAUGAUCAUGGAAUGACAAAUAUGUUUGCCUAAGUUGUAAACAAUACAACAGUUUUACCAGUAAUACAAUGGAACAGGUUCUGAAUAAUUACAUGAGGAGCCUUUUUUUACAGAAGGUAUUCUUGUAAAGAAUUCAGUUUCCAUCUGUGUUAUAUAAUGUCAUAAAUAGAGGAAGCAUUUUGUCACGAGGGGAAAUUUUAAAUCUAUCACCUUUACAGUGUACAGGUGUGACCUUUAUUUAAUUGUUGACCAAGGUUGUAUAAGACCAUUUAACCAGGACUACAAACAAUCUCAAUGACAAAAGCCAGCUAAAUCUUCAUUGGAAAAGUUAAUAGUAAAUUCAAAACAUUGCUUACAUUUGAACACGUUUGUGUUGGCUAAUAUGAAAGAUAAAAUUGUUACUGAGAACAUUUGUAGUCUGAGUGUCCAUAUAUUAGUGUCUUGUCUAGUCUUUAUUGGAAAGUCCAUGCAAAUUUAAUUGAGGUACUUCUUGUUAAUUGGUACUUUUACUUACUUACACAUUUGCACUGUUACGUUUUAUAUUCGAAUGUAACUACAAUAUUUAUGCCCCCCUUCGAAGAAGAGGGGGUAUAUUGCUUCGCUCAUGUCGGUCGGUCUGUCUGUCGGUCGGUCCGUCCACCAGGUGGUUGUCAGACGAUAACUCAAGAACGCUUGGGCCUAGGAUCAUGAAACUUCAUAGGUACAUUGAUCAUGACUCGCAGAUGACCCCUAUUGAUUUUGAGGUCACUAGGUCAAAGGUCAAGGUCACGGUGACCCGAAAUAGUAAAAUGGUUUUUGAAUGAUAACUCAAGAAGGCAUACGCCUAGGAUCAUGAAACUUCAUGGGUAGAUUGAUCAUGACUCGCAGAUGACCCCUAUUGAUUUUGAGGUCACUAGGUCAAAGGUCAAGGUCACGGUGACCCGAAAUAGUAAAAUGGUUUCCGGAUGAUAACUCAAGAAUGCAUACGCCUAGGAUCAUGAAACUUCAUGGGUAGAUUGAUCAUGACUCGCAGAUGACCCCUAUUGAUUUUGAGGUCACUAGGUCAAGGUCACAGUGACCCGAAAUAGUAAAAUGGUUUUCGGAUGAUAACUCAAGAACGCAUAUGCCUAGAUCAUGAAACUUCACAGGUAGAUUGAUCAUGACUCGCAGAUUACCUCUAUUGAUUUUGAGGUCACAAGGGUAAAGGUCAAGGUCACGGUGACCGGAAAUAGUAAAAUGAUUUUCGGAUGAUAACUCAAGAACGCUUUUGCCUAGGAUCAUGACACUUCAUAGGUACAUUGAUCGUGACUGGCAGAUGACCCCUAUUGAUUUUCAGGUCACUAGGUCAAAGGUCAAGGUCACAGUGACAAAAAACGUAUUCACACGAUGGCUGCCACUACAACGGACAGCCCAUAUGGGGGGCAUGCAUGUUUUACAAACAGCCCUUGUUAAAUUAUAGAUUUUGGUAAUAGUUAGUAGGUUUGAUUGCAUUGGUAUUUUCUCUUCCAGUUGUAUUCUCAUAAAAAAAUCUUAUUAAGGCUAUAUGGUGCUGCAUUGUUUUACCAUUGUAAAAUGCUUGUUUUUGUUGUGGCUGGUUUAGACUACUGAUAUUGAGAAACUGAUUUGAUUUUCUGAAAUAAAACAACAAAUAUUUACAAAAAAAGUAUACAUUAUGUAAUUGAAUCAAACAUAAAUAAAUGGUGAGGGGUUAAAACAACUAAAAAAAAAGUGAAAAUGAAAUUGCAACUUGUUGGUAAUAGAUUGCAUAAAGUUACCAUUAAUUACAAGGAAUGUAUGCUUUACUUAUGUUACAAAGGUUGGAAACCAGCAAUACAUGUUGUGAUGUAACAUAAAUUCAAGUAAUUUAAGAUGUUUCAUUAUUAUUAUUUAUAAAUGAUGUGUCUGUUCUGUCAGAGUUGUAUGGCCUUAAUUUUAUGCUAGAAUGUCAAAUGUUUGGUGUAAUAAGCUGUACAAUAAUUUGUAUAUGGAAAGUGAAAGCUUAUAAGACUUUAUGAGCAGUUUCUUUCUUUUAAUGUGUAACACACCCAUUUGGUCAUUUUGACAAGCAAAUAUAAUUUUAUACAUGAAUUUGUUGGUGUAUUAUUCAUUGCAUUGUUUAAGAUUAAUAAAGUGUUGUAGUUGGCUUAAAUUUGGAAACGCCCUGUUAUAAAUAUGUGAUAGUGGUGUAUGUACAUGGCCUUGAUUGCAUUUUAUUAUUGUGGGCUAAUUUAGUAACUCUUACUAGAUCUACGUAAUUUCUGAAUACAAACGCAAAUACACCUGAGUCCGUGAGUGUAAUGUAUUGAUUAAAACUGUAUUACUUUCUAAAAACUAUAUUUUGUUCGUGGUUAUUUUUAUCACAAAGUUCGUGUUUGCUUGUGAUGUCAUAUAUUAAAUGAUGUGAUAUUGUAAGUCAUACAGUUCAAUUGAUGGUCCCUAAAACGUGUGUGUGGUGAUGUUGGUUUUCUUCAUACGAAAGAGGAAUGCAAUCCCCGGUCAAAUAAAACAAAUAAACACGACGUCUUCUAUUUAUUACACUGUGUUGUAGUCUGCUGCUUAUUCCACUAUUCAGAGAGGCUGUAUAUACGUUUAAGCUGUUAUAUUGUUUGAACGGCAUGGUCAUUUAAGAGAUUACCGGAUAAUGCCGCGUGCGUAUUUUAAUAUUUACAAUACCCUACCUUAAAUCUAAGACAUGGUUUUACAAUAAAUGUAUAUAACCAUCAUUGUACCUGUACAUUGCGAAUGGAAUGACUAUUGUUAUGUGAUUUUAAUACCACUUUUAAACAAACACCAUACACUCGGUAUAGUAUAUUUUGGCUAGCUGUUUGGUUUGUAUAAUAAAUAAUAUUUUACAUGUUU